ACCCCCCCCCCCCCACCUCGGACUUUUAGAACCGAAAACCGUCGACAUUAGUGAGCAGCCGCGGACGGCGGCGGCGAAAGGCAUUGGACCCGGCCGUAUCCGAGUCGCGCGUGCGUGCCCGUUCACGUGCCAUCUGUGCGAGCGGGUUCGUAACUGUUUUGUGUGCCACUAGACAUCUUUUCGGUCCUCGCCCGGGCGAUUAGCUUGGGAAUUAUUCAAUAUUUCGGCGUACGGAGAGAGAGGACUCGGUGAAUGCCCUUUCAGCGGCGAAGCGGCUCAGUCCGUCCACCCGCGAGAAACAAAAAAAAAAUAACAGAAAAAAAGAAAGGGUGGCCGACGGGAGACCGGAGCCCUUCUGAUCGGGUCGGCGCGGGGAUUCGAUAACAGCAGCGCGACGGCUUCGCGGAGACUCCGCUGCGCAGGGAGCCCCCCCCUCCUCCUCCCCUCCCGGAGAAACCGAGGCUUCCCGUGGUGCCUCUCACCGUAUUUCAAGGAAAGAUCUCACCCGACUGACUCAGCUACCCCUGAGGCAUGUUGUGUUAAAGAAACACCUAUGCAGGUGGAUCUUACACUAAUGAAUGUAGGGGAUGGAGGCACGGUGAGCAGACAGAUCAGUGCUCCAAUUAAAGCGUCUGCUAGUAUGGUGGGAAAUCCCCCCCAGACGCUACCCUCUGAGUUUAGAGGAGACGUUACCCUCAGUCAGCAAAACAAGACCGCACCAACAACAGACUGUAAGACAGCGAAAGCCUGCCUGGACACUAGCAAUUACAACCACAGCCCCGAGCUGUCUCCACCUCAGCAGCCCCACAAUGCACCGACGUCCGGCUCCGAGAGGAGGGCGGACAAAAGGUCGGAGGCCCCCAAGCCCGGGCCGGACGGCGGCGCGGCCCUCCCCUCCCCCCGGCGGUCGAGUGGCGACAAAGUCAGCCGGGAGGACCCGCUCGGCCCCGGGCGCGGCGUCUUGACACCCGGUAAGAGAUCGCACCCGCCGACGCAACCUGCGCAGAGCGCGCCGCCCGGGUUUCAGUGCGCCGCCAAGUUCAAACCGGCCCAGCCUGUCGCCUUCCUCGCGGCCGCAAACUUUCCCCCGCCGCUGUGUAAAAUCACGCCAGCAGCGGGUCAGAUCGGAGCAUUUCGAGAGGCCGCGGCGGGUCAGAUUCAGGCCCAGGGCUCGGGCGUCGGGGGGACACCUCUCGUGCGGACCUACCCCUACCCCUUCUCGGUGGGCAGGACCCCGGCCGCGGAGAAAAAAGCCGGCGCGUCGUUGCCGCCGAAGCUCAAAUCCAACCAUUCGUCUAAUAAGCAUUCUAAAUGCGCGGGAGAGGAUGUAUCUUUAGCCUCAGUGGUGGCCUCGCCGGCUGUUGCCCUACCGUUGCAGCACCCUUCGUUAACUCCCGCGGCACCCUCCCGCUACACGCUGUCUCCCACCGCCGCCAUUUGCUGUGGCGCCGCGCUGGCCGGCAUCGCCUCUCAGAGCCGCCGGCUGAACCACGCGGAGAAGAGCAGCAGCCUCGACAAGACGGCCGGGGGCUCGCCUAAAACCACCCCCGCCUCCGCUUCGGACGACAAUGCGCCGCGUCCCGUCGAACCGAGAGACGUGCCUCUCGAUCUGUCCGCUAAAUCCAAACGGCCGAAGUGCACAGAUGACCCUCUGGUUGCAACGAGCGAGCCUCACAGUAGCGAGCCGAAUCCGAGAGAUUUUCUGAACUCAAAGAGGGCUCACUCCGCAACGUACGGCUCGGGGGCACAGUACCCCGUCUUACCAAACACCCACAGAAAUGGAACCCAUCACAAGCAGUCAAAUCGGCCUCAGAAUCACCAGCUCCAAGAGCCCAAACCAGCGUGGGGUAAGGGAGCUCCUCAAGACCCCAUAAAAACCAUCCCUGGAACAUAUGUUGGUGUGGCCAGCCCAAUACUGGCUUCCACUCUGCGGGGCAAGGACGGAAAAGGGACGUUUGUGGAUGAAUUUCAGAGUUUCGCCAAGCAGGAGUUUAUAUCUAUAAUUGACCAAGGGGAGCACCUGGCAUCCGGAGGAAAGAAGCCAUCCUGUGUGACGAAGGGCAACCAGCAUGCUCACAGUGUCAAGCAUGUGAGAAACACCAGCGCAGCCAUAACCAAGGACUGUCCCUCUAAAGGAGCCCUGUCGAGCUCCGCCCGGGCUCAGGCCCACCAGAAACCCGGCGCCGGCAAAACGGCGGCGCCGUGCUCUCCCGCCGUGGUCGGCGUGGCCUGGCAGAAGCCCCCGAGCGCGCUGAACCCGGCCUCGCCCCCUCAGAGGAAAAUCCCACAGGGGCCUCCGAAGACGAAGGCCCGGAGUCCCCACCGCAGCCCGUCCAGCCCUGAGGAGGAUAAGCGGGAGAGGGCGAAGUGUCCCCUGUCCAACCUGGCGUCCAUCGUCAAGCAGCAAGCGCUCAACGCUACGGCGCACGCGGGCGAGGGCGAGACCCGGGCGUCGAGAAAAGCCGACGUUCCGAACCCCGACCCGCUCUCUCCGAGCCACGACGCGCGGGCCAAGCAGACCUCAGCUUUCGAGUCCCCGGCCUACUGGUCUUUGGAGAAAUGGGCUGGCCUGCCAUCUCGGGCGGAUUCCACUCCGGCCAAGAAGACGCUGGAGAGGGCGAACGAGCCCGCGGAGAAUAGCGCAGAGUUAAACCCCAGCCGGGGGGACGCGGCGGGAGAGCCGGCGAAGCAGAGCUUCCCAAAGCCCGCUGGCCGUCUCUUUGGCAGAGCGUCCACGAAUGGGAGCAGGCUGGAGAGCAAACUAGCCCAGGUGCUGGAGGGGGAGGUGCUGAGGCGGGAAAUCGCGGCGUGCGACGGCCCUCCGGGCGACAAGCCGCUCGCGUCCAUCCUCGCCGGCCUGUGCGCGACGGCGGGCGACGGGUUUGAGCAGAAAACCAACGGAACCAAAGAGGAGCCGCCAACCAAAGCCAAAGCCGCUGGCGUCAGGCCGAAGAAGAGCAGCCCGAAGAAGCCGGCGAAGGAGAAGUCGCCGCCGGACUCGUCGAAGAAGGCUGCGGGGAAGAAAAGGCCAGACGUAGAAAGAACUCCAACCAAAGGGUCUUGUCAAAAGAAGCAGAAGAAACAAUGUGCACCGGUUCAGGAGCAGAGUCUAUCAGCGGGGGCUCUUUCUCCACCGAGCAAAGGGCCGACUCCGAGGGAGCAAGCAGCCGCCGACAAAUCCGAUAGCGGCGGCGGUGCUCCCGGACCCGUCGACGGCGCCGCCGUGGCCGGCAAAGAGGCCGACACCACGGGGAGCUUCACCCCGAGGCUGAGGCGAGGACGGCGGCGAGCCGACGAGGCCCGGCUCGACCUGUGGGGCUUCGCGACGCCCUCCCCUCCGCCGCCGCCCCCGGUGUCCCCGUCACCCCCCGCGGUUCCCGCCCAGCCCACCCGCCGCCCGAGGGGAAGGCCCCGCUCGACUCCUCUGCCGGAGCGGGCGGCUCAGGGGAAGGGCAAGGCGGCCGGGGCGGGGGGCGAAGCGGCGCCGGCCCCGAAGAAACGCCGGCGGUGCCGUAGCAAAAAGUACCAGACCGGGGACUACAUCACGGAGAGGGACAAGCUGGAGGAGGCCGGCUCCCUGAGACGGGACAGCGGCGUCCCAGCAGGUCCACAGGCGCACCCGUGUCCGAGUCCCACCGCCUGCAGCCCUGAGCCUCCUCCCCGGAGACCCUCGUUCACUCGCUCCGGGUCGCUCCGCUACCAGGAGAGCGAGGUGUCCCCGGAGAGCAGUGACAAGCCUCCGGGGAAAAGGAAGUUCAAAAGCAAGCACUUAAGUGACAGCGAGGAGCAGAAGACUAAGACCAAACGCAGCGGCUUGGGCAAGCGCGCUGCCUCCCUCACGCCGGAUAACGAAGGGGCUGAUGUAAAAAGGACAGAAAGCCUCCCGCCCGCUCCGAAAGGCUCGCCAUCAUCUCCCCCCAGUAAGAGAGGCCCGACGGGGAGAAUUGGCGGCUGUGAGUCUCCGCCCAAAAAGCCCGUUCCUCCGGAGGUCCGGCGGCUCAUCGUCAACAAAAACGCCGGGGAGACCCUGCUGCAGCGCGCGGCGCGCCUGGGCUAUCAGGACGUCGUCCAGUAUUGUCUGGAAAAGGACGUCGGGGAGGUCAACCGGCGCGAUAACGCCGGCUACACGGCUCUGCACGAGGCGUCCUCCCGAGGCUGGACUCAGAUCGUCCAGAUGCUGCUGAAGCACGCCGCCGACGUCAACUGCAGCGCCCAGGAUGGGACACGGCCCCUUCACGACGCGGUAGCGAGCGAUAACCUACCGAUCGUCUGGUUGCUUCUGAACCACGGCGCCGACCCGACGCUGGCCACCUACUCCGGUCACACCCCGGUCAAGCUGGCGCACAGCCCGAGCAUGAAGACCUUCCUCACAGAAUAUUUCACAGACCUGGAAGCCCGCAAAGAACAAGAUCAGGGCUCGCCCUGGGAUUUCUACAGCAGCUCCCUCUUUGAAACGGACCAGGAGCCGUGCUGGGACUUCCUGCUGUCGGAGCAGAACCAGGAGCUGCAGGAGGAUGCAGCGGGAAAGACCGAGCCGGACUCGGACAAAGACUGUCUCCUGUUCGAGUUCUCCUCGGAGCCUCUCUUACCCUGCUAUCACGUUCAGGUGUCGUUAACCCAGGGCUUUUGCAACUGGUUCCUCCUGACGGACGUCCUUAAGCGUCUGAAGAUGUCGGCACGGAUCUUCCGUGCGCGUUACCCAAACUUGGAGGUGGUGAGUCUGUCGCGUGUUGAGCUCUCGAGGCAGGCGUCAAUCAGCCAGGUGAGCUCCACGUUGGCUUCCCUGUACAAAGGUAAAAAUAAGGAGGAGGAGGAAGAGAAGGAGGAGGAGGAAGAGGAGGAGGAAGAAGAAGACGACGACAACGAGGCAGGGAUUGUGGAAAUGGUGCGAUGCGUACCCGAGCUCCAGAGACUACUGGGAUCCUCCAUUGACAUCCUGCAAGAUGAGGAUGAGGAGGAGGAGGAGGAGGAAGAGAGAGCGACACUGACACACGCAGGGAAGCCGCGCAGCCGGUAGCCUCUGCGUCACCAUGCAAACUGUUGUCAACCCAAGUCCUUUCCUGCAAGCAGCAGCUCAAAGGAAACCUCUCCGUCCAGGGAAACGAGGCUCCAGAGACACAAAUGGCGCUCCACCUAUAACCUUUGACCUCAGACAGAAGGUGAUUAAGUGAUCACAAGGACCUGCACACGGGAGUGUUGGGUGCUGUAAAGCAGCUUUCAGGUUCCUAUCCAUAGGUAUAUUUGAAUACACGAGCAGACCUUUUGUAAUGAUUAUGUAUGUACAUGGUAGUGUAUAUGUGUAUAUCUUGCCAUCAGGGUUAAAAAAAACAACACAUUUGGUGAUAUAAAAGUAUUCUUGUGGCAAAAGGACAAAUGAUGUCUAGGACUUCUUGUUUGAGUUUGUUCCCGAGAGAGAGCGGUACUUUUCUAUCUUGGGGAACUCUAGCGUACAAGUCAGGGAGGCCACUGGGCCGGAUGGUUCCGGCUCCGUGGACCCGCGGAGAAGAGAACACGACACGUAAUAUUCAGACGUAAACACAGCUUCAUUUACUGUUUCUUUUUUUUUUUUCUUUUUUUUUUUUUGUUACUCCUCCGUUCCGUUUUUUCCACUUAACCCGUUACCUUGUGGACCUAGCAGCUUCACCAUGUUUCCUUUUUCCCGACGCAUUUCACAGAGUGGGCCGGGGGGCGGCGCGCUAAAUAUGAAACGCCCUCGUUUUGGACCUGGAGGUCGAGAGUUUGUUUACAGAGCCGGACAGAUGUUCUCCACUCCUCCUGAACUGAAACAGAAUAAUGUGGAUCUCUCUCUCUCUCGCUCUCUCUCUCUCUCUCUCGCCCCCGUGUCCGAGGAGGCGAGACGCCCCCGUGACUGCAGCCACGUCCCUAUAUGAGAUCCCAGAGUGCUUUGUGUUGCAAUGUUUUUAUUUACACUGUUUGUUGUGCUUAAUUUAAUAGUCAUUAAUAUAUUUGACCUCUUUGUGUAUCUGACAAGCCUAUCUAUGAGAAAAAAUUGCUUUGUAUGGUUGGUGCUUCAUUUUGAAAUGUACUUAUUAGGAUCCCUUUAUUCUGACAUUUUCCUCCUUCAUUCAAAAACAGUAUUUCAAAAAAAGAAGCUAAAGUACAGUUUUAUUGUACCGGUGCUAAGACAGAUUUUGUGUUGACAAUCAAUGAUGUUUUUGUUUGAAGUCAUGAACUAAUAAAAGAUGUUUAAGAUGAA